AUUCUGCAUGCCGGCAAAUCUUGUCAACUUGUCAAUGUCAUUCGUAUUUCUCUCUUGGGUUUGCGUAUUUUAUUGAAUUUUGAUAUUUCAUAAAUUUGCGACAAUUUAAUCAUUUAUCAUUGCCGAAUUAAUUGUGUUCCGAUUAUUUAUAAUCCAUUCAAGAUGGUGGUAAGGAGUUAUAAUGAAGAGUUAAAAUACCUAGAGAAGAUAAACCCCCAUUGCUGGAGAAUCAAGAAAGGAUUUCAGCCAAACAUGAAUGUGGAAGGUUUAUUUUAUGUCAACAAUACACUUGAAAAAUUGAUGUUAGAAGAGUUACGAAACUCAUGUAGACCUGGUAUGACAGGAGGAUUUUUACCCGGCGUGAAACAAAUUGCUAAUGUCGCUUCGUUACCAGGAAUUGUCGGUCACUCUAUUGGUUUGCCAGAUGUUCAUUCAGGAUAUGGUUUUGCCAUAGGAAAUAUGGCGGCAUUUGAUAUGUCUGAUCCUAAAUCAAUUGUAUCACCUGGUGGUGUGGGUUUCGAUAUUAAUUGCGGUGUCCGGUUACUUAGAACCAAUUUAAGUGAAAAAGAUGUGCUACCUAUUAAGGAGCAACUGGCACAAAGCCUUUUUGAUCAUAUACCUGUUGGUGUAGGAUCAAAAGGUAUAAUUCCUAUGAAUGCCAGAGACUUAGAGGAAGCUUUAGAAAUGGGUAUGGAUUGGUCCCUACGAGAAGGGUAUGUUUGGGCAGAAGAUAAAGAGCAUUGUGAGGAGUAUGGUCGAAUGUUGAAUGCAGACCCAUCAAAAGUAAGUCUUAGAGCAAAGAAGAGAGGUCUACCCCAGCUGGGGACACUGGGGGCUGGCAAUCAUUACGCUGAGAUACAAGUGGUUGAUGAAAUAUUUGAUAAAUAUGCUGCAAGCAAAAUGGGCUUGGAGAGAACCGGCCAAGUUGUGGUGAUGAUACAUUCUGGUAGUAGAGGGUUUGGACAUCAAGUUGCAACAGAUGCUCUAGUUGAAAUGGAAAAAGCAAUGAAAAGGGAUAAGAUUGAAGUAAAUGAUAGGCAAUUGGCAUGUGCCAGAAUAAACUCUGUUGAAGGACAAAACUAUCUGAAGGCAAUGGCAGCAGCUGCUAAUUUUGCAUGGGUUAACAGAAGCUCUAUGACCUUCCUGACCCGACAGGCAUUUGCAAAACAAUUUAAAAUGGCUCCUGAUGAUUUAGACAUGCAUGUGAUAUAUGAUGUGUCCCACAAUAUUGCUAAAAUUGAGGAACAUGUUGUAGAUGGAAAAGUGAAGACAUUAUUAGUUCAUAGAAAGGGCUCUACUAGAGCAUUUCCUCCUCACCAUCCUUUGAUACCAGUGGAUUACCAGCUGACAGGUCAACCGGUACUGAUUGGUGGGUCCAUGGGCACCUGCAGCUAUGUCCUCACUGGAACUCAACAAGGCAUGACAGAAACUUUUGGUACUACCUGCCAUGGAGCUGGUCGUGCAUUAUCUCGCGCUAAAUCUAGAAGGAACAUAGAUUACAAAGAUGUUUUGAAUAAACUGGAGAGUAUGGGCAUAUCUAUUCGUGUAGCAUCGCCUAAGCUUGUGAUGGAAGAAGCCCCGGAGUCCUAUAAGAAUGUGACAGAUGUGGUUGACACUUGCCAUGCUGCUGGUAUCAGCAAGAAGACUGUCAAAUUAAGGCCCAUUGCGGUUAUUAAAGGUUGAACUUUGAUAUUAUAUAUGUGUACUCAUUAUUACUUUGAUUAUUCUAUACUAAGGUAAUUGUAAUUUAAAAUAUUUCCGUUAAAUAUUGUAAUACCAUAGACUUAUAUUUUAACAAGUCUUUAUUCCUUAUUACAUUACUUUUGCAUUUUUAAGUGUAAAUUGAAACUGUU